CCAUUGUUCACAGCACAUAGAAAGAGAACAGAAGAGCAUAGAAAAGAAAAGAAACGAAAAGAAAAGGACAGAAGAAGAAGAGGUGCGCAGUUGCAAUUUCAGAAUUCAGACCGACACAGGUCCUCUGCUGUUAUCUUCUCACGUGCCGCGCACGUGCUCUCUCUCUCAAAUCACCACCCCUAACAAACAAAGAAGGUGUCAAGGAAUCAAACGAUUGUUAUUCAGAGUCCCCAAGUUCCUUCCAUGAUCUUGAUCUGAAAUUCUGAACUGAGAAGUAGCUUGUCUUACAAUGGAGUCAAUACUAGCUCGUGCACUAGAGUACACACUCAAGUAUUGGCUCAAAUCCUUCUCCAGAGACCAGUUCAAGCUUCAAGGCCGCACUUUAAGUCUCUCCAAUUUAGAUAUCGAUGGUGAUGCCUUGCAUUCCAGCUUGGCCUUGCCACCUGCGCUUAACGUUUCCACCGCUAAAGUUGCCAAAUUGGACAUCAUGCUUCCUUCCGUGAGUAAUGUGCAAGUAGAGCCGAUCAUUGUGCAAAUUGAUCGGCUUGAUCUAGUUCUGGAGGAGAAUUCUGAUUUUGAUGCAUCUGUUAGUAGUAGCAACAGUGCCACUUCAUCGGCUGCCACCUCGAAGGGUAGUGGUUAUGGUUUUGCUGAUAAGAUUUCUGAUGGCAUGACUAUACAAAUUCACACAGUUAAUCUGUUACUUGAAACUCGUGGUGGUGGGGGCACGCGUCGAAAAGUGGGAGCAACAUGGGCACCACCAAUGGCAUCUAUCACAAUACAUAACCUUUCGCUGUAUACCACAAAUGAAAGCUGGCAGGUUGUAAAUCUUAAGGAAGCACGGGAAUUCUCCAGUAACAAGAAAUAUAUAUAUGUCUUCAAAAAACUAGAAUGGGAAUCUUUGUCUAUUGAUCUUUUGCCUCAUCCUGACAUGUUCGCGGAUGCUGCAUUAGGCAUCUCUGAAGAGGGAUCAAACCUGAGAGAUGAUGAUGGUGCAAAGCGAGUAUUCUUUGGAGGAGAGCGUUUUAUUGAAGGAAUAUCAGGAGAAGCAUAUAUAACAGUUCAGAGAACUGACUUGAACAGUCCACUUGGGCUUGAGGUUCAGUUGCACAUCAAUGAAGCUGUUUGCCCUGCACUAAGUGAACCUGGGCUACGCGCACUUCUCCGCUUUAUGACAGGAUUAUAUGUCUGUCUAAACAGGGGCGAUGUUGAUUUAAAGACUCAGCAGCAGCGAUCAACUGAAGCUGCUGGGCGUUCUCUGGUCUCGAUUGUUGUAGAUCAUAUAUUUCUUUGCAUUAAAGAUACUGAAUUCCAGCUUGAGCUUUUGCUGCAGUCCCUCUUUUUCUCUCGGGCCAGUCUUUCUGAAGGAGAGAAUGACAAUAACUUGACCAAGAUUACAAUUGGUGGAAUAAUUUUAAGGGACAUCUAUUCAUCUCCGCAGUGUACACUAGUGCAACCAUCGAUGCAAGCUGUCACAAAAGAUGCUUUCCAUGUGCCUGAAUUUGCUAGAAGCUUUUGCCCUCCAAUAUACCCUCUAGGAGAACAGCAGUGGCAAGUGAUUGAGGGAAUCCCUCUAAUAUGCCUCCAUGCACUUCAAGUCAUGCCUUCGCCACUUCCACCAUCCUUUGCUUCUCAGACAGUUAUUGAUUGUCAGCCUCUUAUGGUUCAUCUUCAGGAGGAAACAUGCCUAAGGAUAUCCUCAUUCUUAGCUGAUGGUAUUGUUGUCAGUCCUGGUGACAUUCUACCGGACUUCUCAAUAAAAUCUUUUAUUUUCAGUCUCAAGGGGCUUGACCUUACAGUUCCACUAGACAACAUUGAAACUGAUAUUUCUAAAAUCUACAUGGAUAAUAAUACAGUUCAGACCUCCUUCACUGGAGCAAGACUCCAUAUUGAAAACCUUUUCUUUUCUGAUUCACCCUCAUUGAAACUAAGAAUGCUGAACCUUGAAAAGGAUCCUGCUUGUUUUAGUCUUUGGGAAGGUCAACCGAUCGAUGCUAGCCAGAAGAAGUGGACUGCCAGAGCAUCGCAGCUUACUUUGUCCCUGGAGGCAUGUAAUGACAAAAUCAAACUUCAAAAUUACCUUGGACAAACUGGAGGACUGUUGAGAUGUGUUGAUCUCAAAGAUGCUUGCAUUGAAGUAGCUAUGGCAACUGCUGAUGGCAGUCCACUGUUACAUAUUCCUCCUUCAGGGGGUAUUGUCAGGGUUGGAGUUGCUUGUGGCCAGUAUCUAUCCAACACUUCUGUUGAACAAUUAUUUUUUGUCCUGGACGUCUAUGGUUAUUUUGGGCGAGUUAGUGAGAAAAUAGCUAUGGUUGGGAAAAGGAAACAAUUAGAGGACAUUAGAGACAAGUCUUUUAGUGGAAAGCUGAUGGACAAGGUUCCCAGUGACACUGCUGUGAGUUUAACAGUAAAGGACCUCCAACUUAGAUUUCUAGAGUCUUCGGUGAAUGUUGAGGGAAUGCCUUUAGUACAGUUUAUCGGAGAUGAUCUAUUCAUUAAUGCCGCCCAUAAAACCCUUGGAGGGGCUAUUGUUGUUUCAUCUACUUUACGGUGGGAGAGUGUCCAGAUAGAUUGUGUGGAUGCUGAGGGGCACUUACCAUGUGAAAAUGGAUCAUUCUUGAGUCCUAGCGAAAAUGUUCCCUCACCAAGUGAUAAUGGAUAUCCUCAUCUAAGAGCUGUUUUUUGGGUAGAUAAGAAUAAGAAACAUCCAAUGAAUGGAAAUGCUCAUUCAAUCCCUUUUCUAGACAUCAGUAUGGUUCAUGUCAUUCCGCUAAACGAGCAAGAUAUGGAGUCUCAUAGUUUAAAUGUGUCAGCUUCUGUUUCUGGUGUUCGACUUGGUGGAGGAAUGAACUAUGCUGAAGCCCUCCUGCAUAGAUUUGGAAUACUUGGACCUGAUGGAGGCCCUGGGACAGGCCUUUCAAAAGGGUUGGAAAACUUACAAAAAGGACCCUUAUCAAAACUUUUUAAGACAACACCUCUCAUGGUUGAUAAUUCAGAAGAUGCUGAAAGUAUGAGACAAGGGGAGGAAAUCAGUUUUCCACACCUGAAGAAGCCAGAUGACGUGGAUGUAACUAUAGAAUUGAGAGACUGGUUAUUUGCUCUUGAAGGUGCAGAUCAGAUGGCUGAACAGUGGUGGUUCUCCAGUCUUGAGGUUGUCGACAGAGAAGAGAGGUGUUGGCACACAACUUUCCGUGGUUUACGAGUAAAUGCAAAAAGUAGCCCAAAGAAGGUUCUGGAUGGCAAAGCACAAUUGCGGCGGAUAAAACAAAAUCCAAUAGAGCUUGUUACGGUAGGAAUUGAAGGGCUACGAAUAUUAAAGCCUCAUAUCCAAAAGGGCAAUCCUCCAUCAAUGUUAAUUGCAAACGGGGAUAAAGAAAAUAGUAACACAACUGAGGGAGUUGGUCUUGAAGUUCGCUUGAUAUUAUGUGAGGACAACACUGAUGAAAUAGUGAAUUGGGAAGUGGAAGAUAUAAAGUUCGCUGUUAAACAACCGAUUGAAGCAGCAGUAACCAAGGAUGAGCUUCAGCACCUCACUUUGCUGUGCAAAUCUGAAAUUGAUUCAAUUGGCCGAAUCACUGCUGGAGUUUUGCGGCUGCUUAAGCUGGAAGGUUCUGUUGGUCAGGCUGUAAUAGAUCAACUUGGUAACCUAGGAAGCGAGGGCAUUGACAAGAUUUUCUCUUCUGAAAAGGUUACCAAAGAUGGUAGUGUUGUUGGUAAUAGAGGACAUUCUCCCUUACCAAGCGGGGUUAAUGAAGGACCACACAAAACCAUGGAAGAGACAUUAACUCAGCUUGAGGAAGUGGUGGUAGAGUCACAGGCUAAACUCAGUGAACUAAUCACUCAUGUUGGUACUUCGGACUCUUCUUCCACUCAGCACCGUACCAUUGUCAAACUAAGUCAAAAGAUUGAGACCAUGCAGGGCCUAUUGAUGCAGUUGAGGAAUCAACUUUAAAGGCCCUGUACCUUUUGUUGAUGUACAAUUUUAAGUUACGAGAUUUAAUUUACAUAGGAUAUGAUUCUUGUGUAUAUAGUAUACAAAAUUGCAAACUCUUGUUGGGUGUUGUAUCAGUGAGGCAGAAAUUAAGCUUCGUCUCGUUGGUAUAACAAAGUUUUGUCUCUUGGUAUAAAAAUUUUGUUCCCUUAAAAAUGUAGCAAAAAAUUCAACGUAAAAAAGGUAGUUCUCAAAGGCCUUGGCAGUUUAAUGAGGCAGGAGAAAAUUCCAGAUUUGAACGUUAUAUAUACACAAUU